GAUUCCUCCCCCCAUGCCGCAACUAUUCCGCAAGUGAUGGAGGAGGAAGGGGUGAGUCGGCAAGAACCAGAGCCUUCCCCAUGGCAGAGAAGGAGGUUGAAGUGCAGACAGAAACGGAAAUCCCCUCUUCAAAGGAGAAUGAGGUCGUGGAGCAGAGGGAUACUGAAGCUCCUCCAGAAAUGGAAAAAGAGACUGAGAAGCAACCGGAGCCGGAGGGACAGUGUUCUACAGCCACACUCCCAGCCCCCAAUAUCCCCAUCCAGCGUAAGUUCACCCCGCAAACUUACCCCGCUUUCACAGAAGGUUGGGCAGGCUUUUCCCGCGGUUUGAGAUCCUUGCAGGCUUCCCAUUGGACUAUCCAGGGGAAUCUAGAGAAGAUGAGGGAAUCAGUGCAGGGGCCCACAAUUCCCCAAGCUCGCCGUGACUUGCUUGCCCUCAAUGCACUGCACUUCAUGGAGCAGGUCCUUCAGGAAGAGAAUGCCCGGCUCAAGGCCGAUGGCUCAACGGAGCUAGCAGCCGAGAGGUCCAAGGUCAAGUCCUUGCAUGAGCAGAUUGCCACUUACCAAAGGGGGACUCAGGAUCUGGAAGCGCAGUUUGACAGUCUCCAGGCACAAAUCUCCAUCUUGGAAUCAAGGGCCUCGGCUUCAGAAGGCAAAGUGGGAAGUCUGGAAGCUGAAUUGGUUGAAAAGGAGUCCUGGAUCUCUGAGCUGGAGAAUUCCCUUCGAGAGGCCAAGCAUGAGGGUUCCCGUCUUAAUGAACUCGCACUAAAAGAGAUGGAAGCGAGACGGCUCACCCUCGAGAAGUUGAAGGAAGAGAGACAGACUGCAAGCGAGCUCCGGUCAAAGAAGGAUGAACUGGAGAAGGCUAUUGCUGCCCAUCAAGAGGAGGUUGCAGGCCUGACUGCCCGUGCCGCAGCCCUUUACGAAGAAGGGAAAUUUGACAUGCAGCACUGUAUUUAUGAGGCGGUCUGGAGUGGUCUUCCAGCUCACCGAUCCCUGGAUGAUUUCAUCUCCCACUACGGAUUACCUUUCCCUCUUCCUCCCACAGAUUCUCGUGUUGACCCGAGAGUUGUCUUCAUUGAUCUUACUAUUUCCGAUUCUUCUUUUGAUUCUUCUUCGUUGGCACUCCCUUCACUCGGGGCCCCAACGCCUGAGCUCUCUUCUGGGCCUUCUCUUGCCUCUGAACAAUCGGUAACUUCUCCCUUGCCCAGGGAGGAGAAUCACCCUCAUCUCCCCCCACAGGUGUCAGGGGGUGCUCCUCCGAGUCCCGGCGUGCUUCUUAAUGGUGCCAGGAUGGAAGCCUCUUCUGGCCGUCCUGGCACGUCUCGUCCGCAGAAGAGACGCAAUCCCCACUCAGGAACUUCCCGGUUAGUCUCUGGAUGGUUAGCUGCUAUUCCAUCCCUUUCUGACUUCUUCUCCAUGGAAAGUAAAUCUCGGAGAAAAGUCGUCAUCGGCUUAACCCCUUUCGGGACAUCUUCUUCUUCGGAUGAUGAUUUCUCCGCCUCUCCGGCUCAGUCCAGCGACAUGGCUGGGUUGAGUCCCGGAGAGUUCUCAAGACUUUAUCCAACAACUCGCCUCCCUGCACCAUCUCCUCCUAGUCCACCCAGGCUUCCACCCGGAAGGAUAGACUGGGGCUCAACGACCAUCCAAGACUUCGCCUUGUAUCAGUGGAUGCGCAGGGCUAGACUUGGGCGUUCCUCGCCAAUUGUUGAGGUAGAACCUUCAUGUGAAAGCCGGACUGCUUCUCCAAACUUGCUGAAGUCUCCCAACGAUGGUUCUUCAUUGAGGGCUGCAGCUCCCCGUCCUGGGACAUGGGAAGACUAUGACAUCUGGGAGGCUGCCGAUUCCACAGCGUGUCCCUCGUCAAAGAGAAGGAGCCCAUGGAAGGGACCCCCACCUCCUUCUUGUUGACUGCAUGGACGCAAUAGGCCCUCUUUCAGUGCCUAGCCCCCUGCAAAUCAAAUUUCUUUUCCUCAUUUUAUAUCAAGAGGCAUUCACUUGUUUGGUCCAGGAGUUUUCCCUGCGUUCCAAACUAAGGAGUGUUCCU